CCGGUGUCCAAGGACACAAACCAGACUAGAAAAACAACACCGACGACUGACGCCCCGUCUGGUUAUCGCCUCUGGGAAGCCGCUGUAUACCUACCGUUGACCACGGCCAGCUCCCGGCCGCGCCGUCCACCAUGGCGCUCAACCUUCCGCCUCUCGGCGCGAACGCCGGAGGGGCUGCUCAUACGCAGGCCUCCCUGCCCUCGCUGCCGGCCCAUUACCAGUCGGAUGCGCAGUUGACGGCUCACCUCGCCAGCCGUUUCCAUGUCUCCAUCCCGACCGCCCGCCUCUCGUCCCACGCCAUCAUCUGUACCAAUACAUACACGAGCUCGACUAAGGGUGAUGGCUCGUCCGCCCAGGCCGCCGCCGAGGAUAUGGCAGAUAGGGCCCUGCUCCGGCUGGGACACCGCUCAGAAAACCAGGCCAUACUCUUCCUUGGUGAAUCUGGCUCAGGGAAGACGACGGUGCGCUCUCACCUCCUGACUUCGCUGCUCAACCGCUCCUCCACCCCCCUCUCCGCCAAGGUAUCGCUUGCGGCGUACGUCUUCGACACCCUCACCACGACCAAGACCGCCACCACACCCACAGCCUCCAAGGCUGGUCUCUUCUACGAGCUCCAGUACGACACGACUUCAUCGACAAACCCCGUUCUCCUUGGCGCUAAGCUGCUGGAUCAUCGACUGGAACGGAGCCGGAUUACGGAUGUUCCCACCGGUGAGCGCAACUUUCACGUGUUGUACUACCUGCUAGCGGGAACGAGCCCCGCCGAGAAGGCUCAUCUCGGCUUCGACACGCCACAGAAGCGGUGGAAGUACCUGGGUCACCCUACGCAGCUCAAAGUGGGAAUCAACGAUGCCGAGGGGUUCCAGCUCUUCAAGACGGCCCUGCGGAAACUCGAAUUCCCCCGCAGUGAGAUCGCCGAGAUUUGUCAGAUUCUGGCCAGCAUCUUGCACAUUGGCCAGCUGGAGUUCGAGACUACCGCCAACACGACCGUGACGGGCGAUGAUAGCGGUGGCUUUUCACACGAAGGCGGCCAGGCCACCACCACGGUCAAGAACAAGGAUGUCCUGGGCAUCAUCGCCGCGUUCCUCGGGGUCAGCGCCGCAGACCUCCAGACCACAUUGGGUUACAAGACGAAGAUGAUCCACAAGGAGAGGGUGACGGUCCUGCUCGACCCGGCCGGUGCUCGGGCGAACGCGAACGAGCUCGCCCGGACACUGUACUCGCUUCUCGUCGCCUACGUGAUAGAGAGCAUCAACCAGAAAUUGUGUGCCUCCGAGGACUCGAUUUCCAACACCAUCUCCAUCAUUGACUUCCCGGGCUUCCAGCAACAAUCGUCAACCGGCUCCACGCUCGAUCAGCUCCUAACCAAUGCCGCCACCGAGUCGCUCUAUAACCUGGCCCUUCAGAACUUUUUUGACCGCAAGGCGGAGAUGCUCGAGACCGAAGAGGUAUCCGUGCCCCCGACCAGCUACUUUGACAACUCGGACGCCGUCAAGGGGCUGCUGAAGCCGGGCAACGGCCUGCUCUCCAUCCUGGACGACCAAACCCGCCGCCACCGCACCGACAUGCAGAUGCUGGAGAGCCUGCGCAAGCGCUUCGAGGGAAAGAAUCCUGCCAUCAGCGUUGGUGCUGCCACGGCCAAGCUGCCCGGGAGCAAUUUCUUCACCGAAAACACUGCCGCCACCUUCACCGUCAAGCACUUUGCCGGCGAAGUCGAUUAUCCCGUCAAGGGGCUGGUGGAGGAGAACGGCGAAGUCAUCUCGGGUGACCUCAUGAACCUUAUCAAUUCCAGCAAGAGCUCGUUUGUCGCCCGUCUUUUUGGCCAGGAGGUCCUCCAGACGGUUGUCCAUCCCCAGGAGCGGACAACCGUCAUGCAAGCCUCGGUGAGCUCUCGGCCGAUGCGCGCGCCGAGCAUCAUGUCAAAGCGCGGGCGGUCCGCCGCUGCUCUGAAUGCGCGCCAACGCGCCAUGGAGAGGGAUCUGUCGGCUGGGCAGGGCAGCGACCCGGGGGACAAGCGGACCGGCAGUGCGCGCACGUCGGAACAGGGCGCUUCCGGCCAGUUUCUCUCGGCCCUGGAGAACGUCACAAAGUCGGUCACGGCGCCGGGCACGAACUGCUAUUUUGUUUUCUGUCUCAAACCCAAUGACAGGCGCAUCGCGAAUCAGUUCGACAGCAAAUGCGUGCGCGCGCAGCUGCAGACGUUUGGCAUUGCCGAGAUCAGCCAGCGCCUGCGGUCCGCCGACUUCAGCUUGUUCUUGCCGUUUGGUGAGUUCUUGGGGUUGGCGGAUCCCGAGACCGCGGUCGUGGGCAGCGAGCGCGAGAAGGUGGAGAUGGUGGUCGACGAGAAGCGGUGGCCGAGCAACGAAGUCGCCAUUGGCGCCACGGGUGUCUUCCUUAGCGAGCGCGUCUGGAUGGAGAUCGCGCAGCUGGGCGACAGCUUCUCGCAGUCCGGCCGCUACGGACUGCCCUCGGACGCAGGAGACGGCAUGGGUACCCCCGCGGACCCAUUCGGCGUCUCCAAGGAACGUCUGCUCAUGUCCGGCGGAGCCACACCGGCCAGCUUCAAUCCCGAGAAGAAGGCUGGCUAUUUUGGCAGCAAUGACGUGGACGCGCGCUCUGACGCGGGUGCGUCGGCCUUCGGGGGCGGCGACAUGUUUAAGAACCUGGACACCCGCGAGCAGAUGGCCGAGCGCGGCAACGAGAAGGAGAUGCAGGAGGUGGAGGAGUACAAGGACAGCCCCAGCCGGAAGCGCUGGGUCUUUGUCGUCCAUCUCCUGACCUUCUUCAUCCCCGACUUCCUCGUCCGGUGGAUCGGCCGCAUGCAGCGCAAGGAUGUCCGGAUGGCGUGGCGCGAGAAGAUGGCCAUCAACAUGAUCAUCUGGUUCAGCUGUCUGCUGGCUGCCUUCUUCAUGGUCGCCUUUCCCAUGUUGAUUUGCCCGCACCAGUACGUCUACAGUCCGGAGGAACUGUCACGCUACGACGGGAAGGACGGCCGGCCCGCUUACGCCUCGAUCCGCGGCCAGAUAUUCGACAUUGGUGCUUUUGCCCCGCGCCACUAUCCCACAUAUCUGCCGCAAAAGAUGCUGACCCAGUACGCCGGCAUGGAUAUCACCUCGCUCUUCCCCGUACAGGUUUCGGCGCUCUGCCAGGGUCAGCACGGCAGCAUCGAUCCGGCCGUCCUCCUUGACUACAAGGACACUAAUGUCACCGGGUCUGUGGCCGUUAUCAGCAGCCAGGAUAUGAAUUCCAAGUAUCACGACUUCCGCUACUUCACCAACGACAGCCGGCCGGACUGGUUCGCGCAGCAGAUGAAGAUGCUGAGGGCCAACUACAAAGUUGGCAACGUGGGCUACUCGGCCCAGUACGUCCGGACGCUCAGCACCAAGCAGGCAAUGACGAUUGCGAUCCUCAACAACCGUGUCUACGACUUGACAAAAUACACUCAGAACGGCCGCCGGCAGAAGAACCCACCAGGGAUGCCGCCGCCAUCGGACCCGACCGCCACCGACUUCAUGCAUCCGCUCGUCGUGCAACUCUUCCAGCAGAGAUCCGGCGACGAUAUCACGGCCCUGUGGCAGUCGUUGGGUAUCGAUGCCAACAUGAAGAGGGCGAUGCAGCUGUGUCUCGACAACCUCUUCUACGUCGCAGACUUGGACACGCGCGCGUCCGCAAAGUGCAAGUUUGCCGAGUACCUGGUCCUGUCCGUGUCGGUCCUCCUUGGCAGUAUCAUCGCCUUCAAGUUCUUCGCCGCCCUCCAGUUUAGCACCAAGAAUAUGCCCGAAAAUCUGGACAAGUUCAUCAUGUGCCAGAUCCCGGUCUACACCGAAGACGAGGAGUCCAUCCGCCGUGCCCUCGACUCUGCGGCACGCAUGCACUACGAUGACAAGCGCAAGCUCCUCGUUAUCAUUUGUGACGGUAUGAUUAUCGGCCAGGGCAACGAUCGGCCGACGCCGCGCAUCGUGCUCGACAUUCUUGGUGUUUCCGAGGCGGUCGAUCCUGAGCCGCUGAGCUUCGAGUCGCUCGGCGAAGGCCUCAAGCAGCACAACAUGGGCAAGGUAUACUCGGGCCUGUACGAGGUGCAGGGCCACAUCGUGCCCUUCCUCGUCGUGGUCAAGGUCGGCAAGCCCUCCGAGGUGUCCCGCCCCGGAAACCGUGGCAAGCGAGACUCGCAGAUGAUCUUGAUGCGCUUCCUCAACCGCGUGCACUACAACCUGCCCAUGAGCCCCCUCGAGCUCGAGAUGUACCACCAGAUCCGCAAUGUCAUUGGCGUCAACCCGACCUUUUACGAAUACCUCCUCCAGAUCGACGCCGACACGGUCGUUGCUCAGGAUUCGGCCACGCGCAUGGUGUCGGCCUUCCUCGACGAUACCCGCCUCAUCGCCGUCUGCGGCGAGACGGCCCUGAGCAAUGCCAAAUCGUCCUUCGUCACCAUGAUUCAGGUCUACGAGUACUACAUCUCGCACAAUCUCGCCAAGGCCUUCGAGUCGCUCUUCGGUUCCGUCACCUGCUUGCCCGGCUGUUUCUCGAUGUACCGCAUCCGCGCCGCCGAGACGGGGAAGCCUCUCUUCGUCAGCCGCGAAGUCGUCGAGGCGUACUCGACCAUCCGGGUGGACACGCUCCACAUGAAGAACCUGCUGCAUCUGGGCGAGGAUCGCUAUCUCACCACGCUCUUGCUCAAGUACCACAACAGAUACAAGACCAAGUACAUCUCCCGCGCGCACGCAUGGACAAUCGCUCCGGACUCGUGGAAGGUGUUCCUCUCGCAGCGCCGCCGCUGGAUCAACUCGACCGUGCACAACCUGAUUGAGCUCAUGCCCAUGAACCAGCUGUGCGGUUUCUGCUGCUUCAGCAUGCGGUUCAUCGUCUUCAUCGACCUGCUCUCCACCAUCGUUCAGCCUGUCCUUCUGGCCUACAUUGUUUACCUCAUCGUUAUGGUCGUCGAGCGGGGAACGGUCGUACCCAUCCUGGCGUUCGUCCUCCUCGGCGUGAUCUACGGCUUGCAGGCCAUCAUCUUCAUCUUGCGUCGCAAGUGGGAGAUGAUUGGUUGGAUGAUUCUGUACGUGAUUGCGAUACCCGUCUUCAGCUUCGCCCUGCCGCUCUACGCCUUCUGGCACAUGGACGACUUCAACUGGGGCAACACGCGUAUCGUGGCGGGUGAGAAGGGCAAGAAGAUUGUCAUCUCGGACGAGGGCAAGUUCGACCCGGCCAGCAUCCCGCGCAAGAAGUGGGAGGACUACCAGGCCGAGCUGUGGGAGGCCCAGACCCAGAGCGGCCUGCACGACGAUACGCGCUCCGAGGUCUCGGGCUACUCGUACGCGACCCGCGCCAAUCACCCCAUGUCCGAGUAUGGCGGCUACACGCCCAGCCGCCCGGGCUCCAUCUCGGGCUAUCCGGGCAUCCCGGCGGCGCCGAGCCGUAUGUCGCUGGCGGCCUCGGAGAUGCUCGGCGGCAACAACCACCGGCAAAGCCAGUUCGGCGGGUCACAGUUCCCGGGCGCGUCACAGUCACAACAGGACCUGGAAAUGACCAACCUGGCCGGCAUGCCCAGUGACGACGCGCUGCUGGCAGAGAUCAGGGAGAUCUUGCGCACCGCCGACCUUAUGACGGUCACCAAGAAGGGUGUCAAGCAGGAGCUGGAGCGGCGCUUUGGCGUGCCGCUUGACUCGAAGCGGGCCUAUAUCAACAGCGCGACCGAAGCGAUUCUUUCUGGACAGUUGUAAUAGACACAUAGACUACGGGCAUGCAUGAACUGCUUUGUCUUUUUUCCGCGGGUUUCCAUUUUCGAGGGAGUAGGUUCGGGACUAUUGGGGCUCAUAUUCUCGUGUUCUCCCGUCUUUGGUUUUCCGGCUUUUGGUUU